GGGGAAGAAAUGUAAUACAGCACACAGCUGCGCUGCAGUCUUGACUGUCACUGUGUCAGUUGAGAUACGAAUCUCCACCUGGCCAGGAUAGGCGAGCAGCACACUGACUGUGCGAAACUGAGUGAGGGAAGACGUCCGAGGUUACGGUGAGUGCUGUUUCCACUGUUUGCAGCCGCGUUUCUGCUCCUAGCUAGCUGGUUCUCUGAAACAAAAAAGCAGGAGAAAUCUCACGCCAUCCUUCCGCUGUGACAAUUUUAUUAAUUUUAUUUCUGCACUGGUUCUAAUCUUAGUGCACGGACUUGUAGACUUUGUAGCCGUUACUCGUUAGCAUUCUGGCUAGUCAGUGUCACCGACAAGCUGCUUGACUCUACAACCUUGCUGCCACAGGCAUAGUGAGCUGCGGCCAUUCACAUGAUUCAAGGCACGCAGGGAACGAGCGAUUCAUCGUGGUGCGCAAGCAGGCCGAAUCCUGGCUUGAAAGACAACUGUUCACUGCUGUAGCACUGCUCUGAGCGGAACACAGCCACCGCCGACAGCAGCAGGCAAGAGCCUACCCAGUGACGAGCUAGCGGCAGAUUCGCAGAGUGACGGAACAGGUUUACCUCCUCCUGCCACGGAUCACCCGACUCCCGCAGUCUGUAGCUUGUGAAAGCGAGAGGCUCUCGUGGGUUUUGACAAGGUGCGGUUGUUGAGGUCGAUCACUCGGGGUCUGCUCCACGUUGAGCACUUCAUCAAUUAUCGUAGUCCAACAUUCUCUUCUCUCUCUCUCCCACGUCUCAACUCCAAGUCCCAACUGAACAGUGAGUGCAGCUGCAUCCCAACGGUAUUGGACUGGUGACCACCGUGUUUGCUUCGACUACCUGCAGCAAGACAUAACUGACUUUCCUGUCGUCGAGAUAUCUCGCUCUGGACGGACGUACGGCUCGUUCUGCUGCUUGUUAUAUACGGAGUACGACUGCUGUAAAGUGGCGAGGAAACGCUGGUGAUUAUAAUAAUUUAUGUUUUGAUGAGUUCUGAAAGGACAAGCGAUCACAUACGCGGAAGGUUUGGCAGCACGCGGCCAUGGCUCGAUACACUUGCGGAGGCGAUCUGGUUUACUUGCUAGUAGUGGUUGUUGCUCUUGUGGUUGGCGCUUCCCACCGGGCAAGAGGGCAAGAAAACGCGGACACGGAGCGACUAUCCUCUCCUGACAGAACCUCAGCACCUCCAACUGAGGCCGUUGGCACUAGUACUGCAACUAGUGAUGCUACUGAAUCCACUAGCUCUGUUCAGCAGACAGAAGGCCAAGAGCCACUGACAGAGCGAACAGCAGGAGCAGCUCUGCCUGGAGAAUGGGGCUUAUGGACGAGUUGGGCGGCUUGUUCCAAGACUUGCGGUUCUGGGUCGCAGCGGAGGAGUCGCCGAUGUCUGUUUGGCGUGUGCCUGCUAGGCAAUGCCGUGGAGCUGCGCGCCUGCACCGUGCGCCGCUGUGAGGUGGCCAGAGAGCCGCAGCCAUGGUCUACAUGGACAGCAUGCACGGUCACGUGUGGCGGUGGCACCCGCUCAAGUCGCCGCUGUCGCUCUGAAACCUGCGACGCCUACGACCAGAUGAAGCAGAACUGCAACGGAGCACCAUGUCCGCAGAGACAGCAAGCAACCUGGAGCAGGUGGUCGGCGUGGGGAUCCUGCACCGCGGAGUGCAUAGUGGAGAGUACACGCACUUGUUCGGCGGGCGAGGGUCAGUGUGGCUCUGAGCCAACUACGAAAGCAAAGCGAUGCAGCGAACCACCUUGCACGGGAGAAUGGAGCAGCUGGUCCGGCUGGACGUCGUGUUCCUUGACGUGCGGUAGAGGAGGCGAGCAGCGGCGUACGCGCAGUUGUCCGCGCGGCGCCCUUGUGCAGUGCCCGGGUCGCCGUGAAGAGCGGCGCGAGUGCUACUCCGGAGUAUGCAGCACAUUAAUCCCGAAAUCAUGGACGCAGUGGUCGAGAUGGUCAGAGUGUGCCGGUUCAUGUGGCUCUGGCAGGAAGGAGCGUUCACGUACGUGCCGGGGCACCGAUCCGUCGACAACAUGUCCAGGCAACGAUAGACAGCGCGAAUCCUGCACGCCUCGCGCUUGUUCAGGCACAGCGGCCACGCUGACGUGGAGGCCAUGGUCACCAUGGGGCGCAUGCUCAAGAACAUGUGGCGCCGGGCAGAGAUUGCGUGCCAGGUCCUGCCCGCAGACUGGCCAAUGCAGUGGAUUUGCUCGUGAAGUGGGCAGCUGCAGAGGUCCUCCAUGUGAAACCCAUACUGAAUGGUCCGGGUGGUCACGCUGCUCUGCCACGUGUGGAAGAGGAGAGUCCGUCCGCACACGCACGUGCCUGUCGUCGCCGUGUGCUGGCACCAGGGAAGUGAGGACAUGCAAUGCGGGAGAGUGUGAGGAUGGCCCAUGGCAGAAGUGGGGGCUUUGGUCGCAGUGCUCCGUGUCGUGCGGCGUGGGCAACUCCAUACGGACGCGCGACUGCGGCCAGGGUGUGUGCAACGGUCACUGGCUGCAAGUGCAGGAAUGCCGGCAGAUGGACUGUGAGGGUAGCGACUGGGCCGAGUGGAGCAAGUGGGAAACUUGCUCAGUGUCAUGCGGCGUUGGCCAGACGUAUCGUAGUCGAGCGUGCCUCGGUGACUACUGCAAGGGCAGCUUGAGGGAGGUGAAGCAGUGUGCCAUUCGAGCAUGCCCAGGCGCCACGCUACCAGUGACCUCUCCUACAGCAGCCGAGGCAACCACAUCGGGUGAAACCCAGGCCAAUGGAGAGAACGUGGCUUUGGCAGCAGGCGACAGUGACCCAACAUCCGGAGGAAAGAGGAGCGCCUCCGACAUGCUAGCCGCUUCACCAAUGUUGACUGCUGUCAUUGUGCUUCUAGCUAGCUGCCUCGUUGGGUCACAGUCAGGCUAGCGGAGUGAAAGUGCUGGGUCCAAGUGGCAGUGAAGCCUCUGCUGUCACACUGCACUGCUACUUGUCACAUACACACUUCAUUGAACAUAUUUUUCAAGAGCCCAUUAAGUUAAUCAACAGCAGUAUGAAGCAGAACUUACAUUUUUAGCUGCCAUGAGCGAUGCACUGCAGGGUCACAGGAUUUUAGGUGGUGGCACAACACUGCCUGCUGCCUGACUAGCUGCAAACUGACUAUUGAACAGUACUUUACUGCAUAAAUCCUCCAGCCAGCCGUAUUAGGUUUUAUUUUAUUUCCAUGGGUUGCAGAUGCUUUCAUUCCAAAAUUCGAGCGCAUGUGAAUCUUUUUAACAGCCACGUGACGUACUGGCUGCCUCGAGAUCUGUGUUUUCUUGAUUUAUCUUGACAAAAGUGCCUCCACCAGCAGAUGUUGUGUUGGUGUUUCCGCUUUAUGACUCUAUGUUCCUUGUCCGUAGCAAUACUAGUCAGUGUGCACCACUGGCACAAGCAGUCAAGCACACAGCGGCCCCAGCCGUACUCCCAUCAGUCUAUUCAGGGCUGUACUGGUGUACAUCAUUAUUGGCAGUUCAUGUGACCGUGGUCAGUCUGACCUGAGUGUUGUACUGUGUAGCCUGGAUCUGCUGACCAAUGACCAUAAUUAUCACGUGACUCAGUGCAUUUACUCUGGUUUUGAAAGUGAUUAUUAUGUUUCGAUAA